AUGGCGAGCAUUGCGGAGUCUGCUGUGCUUGUGUCGUCGGCUGCCUCGGCGGAGGCUGUCGCGAGGCUGACACACGUUCAGGGCCCCACGUCGAACUUCGACAAGGCACAACACAUCAUUGGGUCAUACCCGACAAUGGGAUUCCAGGCGACCAACUACGGCCUCGCCUGCUCCAUUGCCCGGCGCAUGAUCCGGAAGCAGCCUCCUUCCAAGGUGUAUCAACUGAAGGACGGGAAGUACGUGCUGGUGCCGCGCGAUGUUGGCGAAGACGGUGGGGCGUUGCGGCAAGAGCAGUUCUACCCGAACCUGUUCAUGGGUGUGACCGCUAACCUCAUGGGCACUGGCUGCCGCGAGGCGGUUCGGUUUCUUGUUCAGGAGGGCGUUGUUCGUCGCUCGCCAGAAGCGUCGGCUACGGUGUCAGCAGACUGCCCAGACGACCAGCUAAUGUUUGCACGACUCAAGGAGGAGUACGUUGACAUGUACGGUGGGCCUCCACACCCGGACGAGGUGAUGCCUUGUGCUCACAGUUUCCUCUCCGCCAUUGUCGUGAGCGGUGGUGGUGUGGAGCACGACCUGCGUCGCGCGUGCGCGGUGUACACUUUGCAGCACUACGCCAGCGAAACACGAGGGCAGUCGAGCAGCGGCGUCUCCUCUGCGGCUCCUACGCUGUUCAAGAGUCCCAAGAAGUCGACGAAGCCCUUCGGCACUCGCACGGUGGCCGGGAGAGCAAAGCUGGCGCGCUUUGGCAACGUCGAGUACGCGUGUCAAGGGAGCCCCGACUCUCGGUUGUUCGACUCUCUCAUGCAUAUUUUCGUUCAGCGCCUUUGCGUCCGCCAGGCACGAUUGCGCGCGGCUGCGGAGUCGAAGCCGAUUCCUGACAAGUACAACGACGUGUGCAAGUGGUCCGUCACACCCAGUGAGGUGUGGGCGUUGUGCGGAUUGUGGCUGGUUGACAUGCUUACUGAAGCUCUAGAGGCUCUGCAGAGUUGCACAUGUCACAGGACAAGCGGCUCGUCGGUUGGCGCCGCAGAAUCCCCAAAUGCGAAUGGGGAGGGGCAGGAGACGCAGCGAUAUACUACCAGUGAGGCAUCGGCGCCUCACCGUGCGGAAGCACUCGCCAGGGCGCGUACCACGAUGAUCUACUGGGCAGCCCUGCAGCAAGUCCCCGUGUUCAGUCCCUCCUUUGUCGAUGGAGACAUAGCGAGCUACCUGCUGCCCCCACCUCUCUCAGCCGCCCAUCCUGAGCACAGAAAGGGCGAUGUAGUGGUGGACGAGAAUACCAGCAGCUCGGAGUGGAAGGGACCUCGCAACGCCUCCUCGUCUUUAACCACGGAAAUCGACACGGCGGUUGGCGGGCCUCUGUCUGUGGAUCGACUACAGGUGGACCUCGUCCGCGACGUGCACUUGAUCAACAAACUCGCCAUGCUCAGCAAGAAGACUGGCAUUCUCAUCUGCGGCGGUGGUGUCGUGAAGCAUCACGUGUGUAAUGCCAACCUCAUGCGGAACGGCGCCGACUUCACUAUCAUCCUGAACAAUGGGCAGGAGUUCGACGGUUCUGAUGCCGGUGCUAAACCAGAGGAGGCACUUUCGUGGGGAAAAGUGCGGAUGGAGGGGGAGUUCGUGAAGGUGUAUGGAGAGGUCAGCACGUACCUGCCGCUGCUGUUGGCGGAGGUCUUCGUGCCCGCGGUGCGGCAGCGCAGAGCCGAGGAUGACGUGCAACAGCGCAAGAAGGGAGUUUCACAAGGCCCGCGCCGCCGCAAACCGCGCCAGAGUACUUUCACCAGUGUGGUGAAGGGCGUUUAG